AUGGCGACGGUGCAACCACAAUGGAACCCUCCUCCAGUCCCCGUUGAAGGAGCAACAAUCCCCAGUUUAAAACUCUGGAACUCAUUGACCAGGUCCAAGGUUGAUUUUGUGCCUUUGCAAUUGGGAAAGGUUUCGUGGUAUAGCUGCGGUCCUACUGUAUAUGACUUCUCCCAUUUGGGCCACGCGCGCAACUAUGUCAGCUUGGAUAUCCUCAGAAGAAUCAUGACACAUCUGGGCUACGACGUGAACAUGGUCAUGAAUGUCACCGAUGUAGACGACAAGAUCAUUCUUGCUGCCCGUCAACAGCACUUACUGACCGACUUUAUCACCAAACACGACAACAUCAAUGCUGACGUUCUCGAUACGACAAAGGCCGCUUUUGACGCAUAUCUCUCCAAGAACCUUCCGCUUCUGCCUGAAAAUGUCUCACCUUCCGACUACACACAAGCUGUCGAAAAGACGUACGGUCAUGUCUUACAAGGCAAGAACUUGGCCAACGAUGGUGCUGCCCCUGGAGACAACGAAGCAAAGGUCAAGAUGCACAUCAAGACAUCUUCCACGGCUGCGGAAGCUCUGAUUGCUCAAGCCAAUGCCACAGACUAUUACGCCAAGGCCUCUGGCGUCCUCUUGCCAUAUCUCGAUGCCAAAUUCGGUUCCACUAUCGAUGCCAACGAUCACGCCCUGUUUAACAGCCUUGCAAAGAAGUAUGAGAAUUAUUUCUUCGAAGAUAUGGCCGACCUGAAUGUCUUGCCCCCUACCACUAUCACUCGCGUCACCGACUACGUUCCCCAGAUUGCAGACUUUGUUAAGCAGAUCCAGGACAAUGGCUAUGCUUACGAGCACAACGGGAGUGUCUACUUUGACGUCGGCGCUUGGGAGAAGGCAGGAGGAGUUUAUGCUCGUCUGGAGCCCUGGAACAAAGCCGACCCCGCUCUUCUUGCUGAGGGUGAAGGCUCUCUAGCAGCCAAGGGUACUUCUUUCAAGAAAUCUCCAGCAGAUUUUUCGUUGUGGAAGGCGUCUAAAGCUGGUGAGCCCGCUUGGAACAGCCCUUGGGGUCCUGGAAGACCCGGCUGGCACAUCGAGUGCAGUGCCAUGGCCUCGGACGUUCUCGGUGCGCGUAUGGACAUUCACUCUGGCGGUAUUGAUUUGGCGUUCCCACACCACGAUAAUGAGCUCGCUCAGUCAGAGGCUUUCCAUUGCUCAUGCCCCGCCGAAAAAGACAGCACCUGGGUCAACUACUUCCUCCACAUGGGCCACCUUGGCAUAUCCGGCGCAAAGAUGUCAAAGAGUCUGAAGAACUUUACUACAAUUCGUGAAGCCCUGGCUAAAGGAACGUGGACGCCUCGUGGUUUGAGAAUCGUCUUCCUUCUCGGAAACUACCGUGCUCCUUUGGAGAUUUCCGACUCAAUCGUGCAGAUUGCUUCGCAAUGGGAAGACAAGAUAUCUAACUUCAUGCUUAAGGCCCUGGACACAAAAAUUAAUCCUAGUCAAGGAGCAGUUGACAGCGAGACUGGACUGUCGCCUGACGGUCCUCUAAAGGAGGCACUUCAGUCCGCCAAGAUCUCUGUUGAAGAUGCGCUGCUGGAUUCCUUCGAUACGCCGACAGUGAUGAAAAUUCUCUCUGAUCUCGUCACCGCGUUCAACUCUGAGACUGGUGUUAGUGACGAAGUAACCAUCGAGAUCGCCAAGUAUGUCACAUCGAUAGUCACAAUGCUGGGACUGGACGCAAACGCACCAUCUCAUGGUAUCUCGUGGAGCGGGAUCGAGGUUGACCCUACGGUUGCCCCAUUCGUGUACCCCCUCGCAAAAAUCAGAGAUGAGGUACGAAAACAGGCCAUCGCAGGUACCAUUGAUGCACCCGCUAUCCUCAGUCACUUCGACGCCACUGCGCUCAAGACUUCACCAUCUACAAAGGAGGGUGCUGAAGCUGCCGCAGCCACAGCAGACUGGUUGAGCAAACUUAAUGACCUGAUCAAGAGCGAUGCAGCUCCCAAGGCAUACAUGCCGCUCUGCGACGAACUUCGUGACACUACCCUCUGGAACUUGGGCAUCUACCUCGAAGAUCGCACUAACGCACCUGCUUUGGUACGUCCCUUAAAUGCGUCUCUUCGCGAGGAACGUGCGAAUCGUGAAGCUCUCGCUGCCAUGAAGCUGGAGAAGGCAAGAGCAGCUAAGGAGGCUAAGGAGAAGGAAGAGCGUGAGAGGUUGGAGAAAGGAAAACUAUCUCAUCUCGAGAUGUUCCGCACGUCGGAAUUCUCCGAAUGGGACGCAGAGGGCUUGCCGACAAAGGACAAGGACGGCAACGAGGUUGCAAAAAGCAGAAGCAAGAAGUUGAGAAAGGAUUGGGAAAGGCAGAAGAAGUUGCACGAAGCUUGGGCCGCUGCUGCCAAAUAA